AUUCUUGUGAUUUUUGAGUUGUAUAUAUAUAUAUAGUCUAUCAGUUUUGAUAGAAUUAUAAUAAAAUUCAAUUUUAAAUAAUGAUGUUUAAAGUCUAAACAAACAAAUACUAUUACAUUGAACCCCUUUUUUCUUGAGUAAUCAAUCAAUUUUCAAGAAUCGCUUCAUGAAAAUGAUAGUCUAAUACACAGACUAUUUAAUCGACUGGAAAACACACAGGAAGUCAAUGAUGAACUCAACGCUACUGCCAAACCUCAGCGAUUUGGUCGGCUAUCCAUUGACACCGAACUGCACGACGAACGACAUGUCGGUGCCGCUCAACACCACUCUGUCGCCCAACAUGUAUGCGAGCGCUUCGGCGCUCAACGGCUCACUAAACGGCCAGAACUGUAACGACACGUACGAAGAGAUCUUCCCGACCGUCGGUUAUCCCGUCUUAGUGUUAGAAUUCGCCAAAAUUCUGUACGGAAUCGUAUUCCUCGUCGGCCUCUUCGGCAAUUCGCUUGUCAUUUAUGUGGUCUUACGCUUCUCGAAGAUGCAGACCGUCACCAAUAUGUAUAUCUUCAACCUGGCCCUGGCCGACGAGAUGUUUCUGGUGGGCCUACCGUUCCUCAUCACCACCGUUAUCUACAAGUACUGGUCGUUCGGGCGGCAUAUGUGCAAGGUCUACAUGACCACCACGUCCAUCAACCAGUUCACCAGCAGUUUGUUGCUCACCGUCAUGAGCGCGGACAGGUAUGUGGCCGUCUGUCAUCCCAUCUCAUCGCCCAGAUAUCGGACACCAUUUAUCGCCAAAUUUAUUUGUUUAACCGUUUGGACC